GUUUGUAUCCAUGUUUUGCUAGGACUCACAAGACUAGCUUAAAUCGGUAAAAAGCUCGUGACAAGGCCUAUGGAAGGAAACUGAGGCUUAAACUGUAAAAAAAUGUCACCGUUGACGAGAAAUUGACACACUGAGGAUAUAGGCAUACAGCUGCAACUGUUAAAGAUCAGUGUAAAUUUCUUCUGUCUGCUCGUAUACGGAAUCUCAACGAGGGAUAAACACAAUCAUGGCAGUGGAAAGUGGAUCUGAAAAGUGGAAAUGGUUCUGCGGUAAAAAUUCAUCGGAUCUCGUGUUUUUUGAUGAUUUUGAAUGGAAAAAGAAUUUCACGUACGGAAACGCGUGCUUUAUGAGCGCUGUCUACACGAUCCCCCAUGCACUCUUCAUUGUCGUGUUCAUUUUAGUUCUGGCGUGCCUUUUCAUCUUCUCGCCCCGAAACCUACCCCCCUCAAAAUAUCUAAUCCGUUUUCCAGGUCAUGUGGUGCGGUGGUUAGUAUCCAGCCUAUUAUUGGUGGUUCUAUUUGCUUCUAUCGGGGAGGGGAUUUUAACCGAUCAGACGUUUGAAGGCGCGCCUACUCAACCCCAUUUAUAUCUGACAGGGUGUUGUUCUGUUGUUACUGUUAUACUAUCUCUUAUGGUUUAUCAAAUGAUGGAAAUACGUAACGCAAUAUACAUUUCACUAGUUCUUAGUCUUUAUUGGAUCCUGGCGAUCGGAGUCGAAGCCUUUCGCUUGGUCGGCCUGGAUUACAUGAAAUUAGCUUCGAUUGAAACGAUUCGUUUUAAUAUCUGUCUGUUGUCUUUGGCUGGAUUUACGAUCAUCUUGCUGGUUGAAUUAUAUGUGUUUCAAGGCAAGAUUUAUCGUGUAUGCUGUGUUCCGUAUGGCGGUAUUCUCUCGCCUUCAGAGUUUCCCGUUGACGAUAUGCUUUACAAAGACCAAUAUUCGAAUGCCGUCUCCCAGAUUAGUUUUUGGUGGCUGAACUGGUUGCUGAGACUUGGCUAUAAGCGCCCUCUAGAGAUUUCUGAUUUGGGAUCAAUACCUGACGAUUUUGAAAGCCGAAAUAAUUUGAACAAAUUUAAAGAGGCAUUUGAGAAAGAAAAGAAAAGAGCAGAGAGUAAAAACGUCAUGCCGUCUCUUUGGCGAGUAUUCGCUGUUGUCUACGGAAGAGGUCUUUUAACUUCUGGUAUUUUCAAUUUAAUUGGUAACCUCCUUAGUUUCGUUGGACCACUGGUUGUUGGAGCAAUUGUUACUUAUGUAACGAAAAUCGUAUACUUUCCAGAUUCAGAAGUUAAGGUUAGUCAUUACGUCACAACUAAGGAAUACUUUGACAAUGGUUUCAUACUAGUUGGUGUGAUGUUCUUUGCUGGAAUAGGCAAAUUUGUUUGCAUACAGUCAGCUUUCCAUCUGGCGAUUUUAGAGUCGCUGAAAGUACGAGUGGCGAUUCAGGCCGUCGUUUAUGAGAAAUCUUUGGCGCUGUCAACUUUUGCGAUUACAGGCGGCGCUAUGACAAUGGGACAGAUAACCAACCACAUGUCAACCGACGCCAUGUCGCUCGUUUACAUAUUUCAACUCGGGAACCAACUUUGGUCAAUUCCAGUGAUUAUUGCCGUAACGCUGGCCUUGCUGUAUCAGGAGAUGGGCGUAUCUGCUUUGAUUGGAGCUAGUGUUUUCUUAGUGACGUUUCCUAUUCAAAUUAAAAUCGGAGCACUGAUGUCGAAAAUCCAAAAAGAAACCAUGGUAUUUUCCGAUGAACGACUUAAACUAUCGAAUGAAUUGUUGCAAGGAAUCAAAUUACUAAAAGUGUAUGGCUGGGAGAAAGUAUACGCUGACAUGAUUGAAGGUGUUCGAGCAAAUGAAUUCAAAUGUAUGAAGCGCAUGGGCGUGUGUACUGUGUUCCAAUAUUUCUUCGUAAUGUCUUCUCCAGUAAUGGUAACCUUACUCUCUUUUUCGCUGUAUAGUAAACUUGAAGGCGUUGAUUUGAAACCGGACAUUGCGUUUUCUUCACUUGCGCUCUUCCAACAAUUGACCGUCCCAUUGUUCCUUCUGCCGAUGACACUUGCGUUCCUGGUUAACGCAAUUGUUAGCACAAAUCGUUUACGGAAUUUUUUGAUUGCACCAGAAAUUGAAAAACUCGAUAAUGGUCGGCAACAGAGACAGCAAAAGAAUGGUGUAAACCAUCACAUGCAUGAUGAUAAGAUUCCAAACGUAGACUUCAAAUUUCCGGGCAAUAGAGCAAAAUCAUCAGUGAAGAAGAACUCUGGGAAUUCUGAGCAUUUGGCAUUUCAGAAUUACGACGAUAAAUCAAAACUUACUUCUUCGGGGAAACACGUCACAUCAUAUGGAAGUAUGUCAACAUCACUAUCAGCUACUCCGAACGAUGUACCUGAUGACGUCACAUUCACAAUAAGAAAUGGAGAUUUUUGUUGGGAUCUGGAUUCAAAUAUUCCAUGUAUUUCGGACAUCAAUGUCGAUAUUCCUGCAGGUAGACUAACUAUAAUUGUUGGCCAGGUUGGUUCAGGUAAAUCAUCUUUGAUAGCGGCUGCACUUGGAGAAAUGAGGACGAAAUCAGGAGAAGUACAGUGGAAUAGGAAUAAGAACUCUGUGGCGUAUGGCUCUCAGAAGGCUUGGUUGGUUAAUGCGUCACUAAGGGACAACAUCCUGUUUGGAUCAGAAUAUGAGUACCAACGGUAUGAACGGACUAUAGAAGCGUGCGCCCUCAAACCAGACAUCGAGAUCUUACCAGGCGGUGAUCAGACUGAGAUUGGUGAGAAAGGGAUCAACCUUAGCGGAGGUCAGAAGCAGAGGGUCAGCAUAGCGAGGACUGUGUAUUCCGAUGCAGACGUCAUAAUUUUGGAUGAUCCUCUGUCUGCAUUGGAUGUUCACGUCGGAAGUCAGGUUUUCAACGAAGGAAUUAUGGGAUUGUUAAUAGAAAAAGGUAAAACUGUGGUCCUCGUCACCCAUCAAAUACAAUAUGUGGAAUUUGCACAUCAGAUUAUUGUUAUGGACGACGGGAAAGUACUCACCCAGGGAACGUUAGAUGAGAUUAGAUCAGAUGAUCCGGAGUUGUACCGAUCCUGGCAGAAAUCUAUGGCGCAGAAGGAAUCGGAGAGUGAGAUGAGUGAAAUAGAAAGCGCAGAUGAAGAAAGGAUGAAGUUAAAGAAGCAAAUAUCCAUCAGAGAAUCAGCCGAAGUUCGGGACCAGAUAUCUAAAAAAAAUUCCGAAACUGGGAAACUUAUCGAGGAAGAGGAGAUUGUCAGGGGCUCAGUCUCUUACAAGAUGUACUUUUACUACAUCAACGCUAUGGGCAAGCUGCUUGCUGUGUUAGUUCUCGUCAGCUGUAUAUCUGUGACAGGUAUGAUGGUCGGCACUAAUUUCUGGUUGUCUGAAUGGUCGGAGGCCGGUAUUGCUGUCUCAAAUGACACAAGGACGACUAAAGACUAUAUUCUAGGUUAUACUGGCCUAUCGAUCUCAAGUAUUGUAUUGUCCAUGGUGUCGUCUGUAAGUCUGGUGUUUGUGUGCCUCUACGCGGCUCAGAAAUUGUUUUUAAAUCUACUGCGAAAUGUUAUCAACGUGCCAGUCAGGUUUUUUGAUGUUACACCUGUUGGACGCAUCCUCAAUCGAUUUUCGAACGACACACAAGUCAUUGAUGUGCGAUUGAAUCAGCUGAUAAACGGACUUAUACGAAGCACAGUGAGCUGUGUUGCUGCCCUCAUCGUCAACACAAUCGUUGUACCAGUGUUUAUCGCCAUUGUUUUUCCGGUUAUGAUCAUCUAUUACAUUGUUCAAAAAUUUUUCAUUGCCACCUCAAGAGAAUUACAGAGGCUUGACAGUAUUACAAAGUCGCCAGUAUUUGCAUAUUUCUCUGAAACUCUCGGCGGCUUGAUUACCAUUAGAGCGUACAAAUCUGGGAGCCGAUUCCAAGAAUACAUCAUGGAAAAGAUAAAUUUAAAUAGUUUAGCUUACCUUUACCUUCAGACCUGCAACAGGUGGCUGGCAGUGAGACUGGACUUUAUCGGGACUUUUAUUGUACUAAUUGCCGGAUUGACAACGGUUAUCAGCGCUGUUCUCGGCAACACUGAUCCUAGUUCUGUUGGCCUAGCCAUCACUUACGCGUUACAGGUUUCUGGAUAUUUAAACUGGGUCAUAAGAAACAUGGCAGACACGGAGAUGUCCAUGAAUGCUGUAGAACGCGUUAGUCACUAUACUAACCUCGAAAGUGAACCGUAUGAAGGAUCCCGUGUACCACCGUUGUCAUGGCCUGAUAAGGGUGAUAUUGACUUCCGGGACAUUUCUGUACGAUACGCAAGAGACCUUGAUCCUGUUCUUAAGUCUAUUAGUCUUCAUUUCAAACCUGGAGAGAAAGUUGGUAUUUGUGGUCGAACUGGAAGUGGCAAAUCGUCUUUGACAUUAACUCUGUUUCGUGUGAUUGACACAUUCAAAGGUUGCAUUGUAAUUGAUGAUUUUGAUAUUGCGCAUGUUCCGUUAAGAAUUUUGCGUCAACGACUUUCCAUAAUUCCACAAGAUCCUGUCCUUUUCACUGGAACUAUCAGGUACAACCUCGACCCGCAGCAUUUGAGGACAGACCAGGAAUUGUGGGAAGCGAUCGAAAUAGCUCAAUUAAAAGAUGUCGUCAGUGGCCUGGAGGGCUCAUUAGACUACCAAGUGUCAGAAGGAGGGGAGAAUUUCAGCGUAGGUCAGCGCCAACUAUUCUGCUUGGCCAGAGCUUUCUUGAGGAAGUCACAGAUUCUAAUCAUGGAUGAAGCAACGGCUUCGAUUGAUAUGCAAACAGACCAAAUUCUACAGAAAGUGGUGGCAAGUGCUUUUAAGGAUAAAACAGUUCUGACAAUCGCGCAUCGUGUCUCCACCAUCAUCGAUUAUGAUACCAUACUUGUACUCGGUGAUGGAGAAGUCAAAGAACUUGAUUCACCAAAAAAUCUACUAGCACGUGACGACAGCAUCUUCAGCUCAUUGGUCAAAUCGAAUAAAUAAGAUAGACAACAAAUAAAGAAACCUCGCUUGAUUUUCAGUUUUGAGAGUAAUUGUUAUUGUCGUGAUGGAAUAGACAAUAACUGGAUUUGCGUCAGGAGAAUCAAGUAUAGGUGUAAUUUUGCCGUACCUGACGUGGAAAUGUACUGAAUUGAGAAAAAAAGUUGUUCUCGGGUGGGACUCGAAUUUGGAGAUCGUGGAUUUUUUCGCAACAGUUUUCACACGUACUGACUAUUCAGUACCGUACAUUUCCACGUCAGGUACGGCAAAAUUACAAGUAUUUUCAUUCUUGUUACCGAUUACGGAACCAUUAUUAUUCACGGACCUUAAUUGCCGCGAUUUUGUUAAAUGAAGUAUUCAAUCAUUACCUUUUUAUUUUCGCGAAUUGUUUUAAAAUGAAUUACGCAACGGCAACUCACUCGUCAACUUUCAAAAUCCGUAAUCAACAAUGUAUUUGUUUUUUUAGGAGACUAGUAGCUGAUUGAUAGAGGCGGUUGAGUAUAUUAUAGCGUGAUGAGAAAAGUAAUUUCAUACCUUAAUUACUUUCAGUUUUAUUGAUUGUUCAAGUUGCACGCAAGUGAACCAUUUUCGGCAUGUAAUCAAAAUUGUGUAGAACUGAAGAUAAAUGUUGCUAGUCGAAGCUGAUAGGCCUACUGUUUCUUUCGGGUCAACAAAAUGAGGUUAGAGUAUACACUUACACCUCUACAGACUGGCUAAUCCCGGUGGACGAGGAUCCCAAGUGAUGAAAUACAUAUACAUUUUCCAAUUGCUUUAACAAUUAAUUUAUAUAUAUUUAAGAAGUUUUCUCAUUUUUAGACGACCCUGGAGGAUAAUCUUAUGCGUAUUGCCAUUUUAUGUCUCACAAAUGCACUUUAAACUCCAAUUAUGAGUAUUGCAAUUGGUUGUAAAUUCGGCAAUUUGUUAAAGACAUAUUUCAAAAACAUAAGUUAUAUUUCGCAUUCGUGUUUAAAAGAAUGAAAUAGAAUUACAGCCAUAGUUAUAAAUACUCCAUUUUAAUUCAUAAAACCAUAACUGCUUGUUGUAAUAAAACUCAAAAUUACCAGCAGGCCUACAGAUAAAUAAGCAUAUAAUAAGUUUGCAUGUAGGCCUAUAUGCUUUUGCCAGAUCGUCCCCAAACCCGUUACAAUAUAAAUUUAGAAAAUUGAAUUAGAAGCAAUGACAGAACAUUUCAAGUGAAAAAUAUGCUGGUAAGUUUGUAAUUAUAAGUUGUGGCAGUAGAAAAGGUUCCCGGAUUGGAAGGUCAUUGUUUCAUUAUUCGAGCAUUCCUACUUGCUAUUAUCUGAUUAUUUCUAUAAGUGGACAUUCCUAUUUAGGGGACACUCUCUUGGUCCCGAAUCACGGGAAACCAUACAUUUUUGGCUGUAUUUUUAACACUACAGCCAAUCCCUGUUUCGGGACAAGCUUAUUGUCCGAUCAUGAGGUCUUGUGACGGUUAUGUAGUUAAGCCCGUGCCAAGUACGUGUGUGUGUAACCGAUUGUAUUUACCUAUUAAUAUUACAUUAAUAUUAUAAUUGGUAUUCAUUAUUAUUAUUAUUAUUAUUAUUGUUAUUAUUUUUUUUUUAUCAUAGUCGUCAUCGCCAGCCUCAUUUUAACUACAUUAUUACUUCCAUAUAUUACAAGUACUAAAUAAAAUCAAUGCAAUUAUAUUUUGAUAAUUUUUUUCGAUAAUUUAAGCACAAAAAAAUGCAAAUUGAUAUUCUUACUUAUACAAUAGUUGUCAUGUUCUAGGAUGGCAGCAUCAGGAGAUAUUCCUCUAUAAAUAUUUAACGUCGAUCUAUCGGAUUCGGCGGAGCUUUGUUAGCGGUCAAUACCCAUUGUAAUGGCUUGCUGUUAAUGCGUUUAGCUUACUACAGUAUGUAAAAAAGGCACGAGCCGGUAUUUAGUGAAUUUACUGUACUGUCAAAAUGUAUUCAGGUUCAUGUCGUGGAAAGAUCAAUACUAAAAUUGUUGAUUUAGGUUUGCGUUCAUACACAUCAUUAACAUAGUGUUAAUCACAGAAGGAAGAUCUUGUUAGCGCCAUUUCGUUAAAUUCAGAUGUAUAGUAUAGUGUGAAUGCAAGUCGUGUUAAACAAACAUAGACGGAUGUAAAAAAGUAAAAGAAAAACAACCAUCGGGUUGAGUUCGCUAUAGGCUAUAGGCCUAUUUCUAAGAGACUGCGUGGACACUAUAAUCAAGAUCAUUUUCUCCAUGAUACGAUCGAUGAAGGCCUAGUUAUUCCGACUUUCUCCCGAUGUAUACCUGUCCACCGCAAAUCAAGUGGUUAUAAUACGAAGUUAAAAUAAAUGAAUAACGAAUUGUACUAUAAUACACCGCAUCAGGGUGCUUAGGAAUUCGAAUAGAUUUCUAAUGCUGUUAUUGGAUAUAAAAUCAUACGGUAACUAAAAGAAAGGAAGGGAGAUGUAUAGCUGAACACUAAGGACAGUCUGGGACCCAAAUAGUUACCGGUCCAAACUAGGGGCGCUAGGGGUAUCUGCUUUAAAAUUUGUAUGUGUAAUAUUGAGCAUACUAUACAGUGUUAUAUAAGCCUAUAAUAUUUGAUAAGGCUUAGUUAUAAUAUUAUCUCCACUAUAUAUUUUAUACAUUGCUUUUGUUACAUUAUUCAUAUAUAUAUGUAUAUAUAUAUAUAUAUAUAUUUGUGUACGGUAUUUGAAAAAUAAUGAUAACCACAAUGCAAUUAAAUUUUGAAUCAUUUUGUAAUAAUUCAAGAACAGAAAUGCAAAUUGACUAUUUUCAUAUAGGAGAGUGAUACUGUACUAAGUAAGCACAAUGCAAGUAUUUAAGCACAAACAUGUAUGUGUGUUGUUAUCACGUAUUUACCACGCUUUGUGUGGCGACCCUAAACGUAACAUUGUUUAAUGAUUAAUGAAUCUUUAUUUGAACAUUCUUUACAACAUUGUAUCCAUGAGGAAUGAUGAAUAUGAUUUACAAACAAUCAGAACAAAAGUUUGUAUUAGUCUUCUGUAUUGGAGUAGGCCUAUAGGGCUAUUAAAAGCUAAAGCAUAAUAGUUUGCACAACUGUCCUACGUAAUUGUUAUCCCGCCCCCGUGAUCAGCUCUAUUGUAAUAUCAUUGACCUGAACACAAACGAGAUCGUUCUAAUGACGUCACUUCAUUUCAGCAACAUUCAUAUAUGGAAAACAAAUCAUGACUUUGUACAUGAAUUGGAUAACAGAUGCCACAAGAUGUGAAGUCCAGACUUUUUAUAGAUUAAAAACAUUUUCUACUAUAACGCAAUUAUUGAAUAGGCCUCAGUGUAAUAAUAAUAAUAAUAAUAAUAAUCAUCAUAAUCAUAAUAAAUAAUAAUAAAUGAUAAUAAUAAUAUUAAUACUGUAAUAA